UUUACUCCCCGCCCACGAGCUAGUGAUGUCCUGCUUUAUCAAUUAAAUUAAAUUAAAUAACUAUUCCACUAUGAAAUAACUUAUAAGCAUGGAUCAAAGCGUCACACACCGAUCGGGUUCGGAGAGGCCCGCGGAUCCCGGAACUUUCUUUUCUCACGAGCCGGGAAAGGACGACCCCUAUCCCGGGAAUGUGAGCGUGGACUUCCCGGUGUCUGUGGUGCUCCCAGCCGGAGGCACGGGGGAGAGAACCGGGCUACAGACACCGAAGCAGUUCUGUAGGUUUCUGGGCAGGCCACUCAUCAGCUACACGGUCCAGGCUUUCGAGAGAGUGCAGUGGAUCCAGUGCAUUGUGGUAGUGGUGGCCACAGAACAUCUCUCCCUGAUGACAGACAUAGUGCAAAGGUACAGACACUCUAAGGUCCGGGUGGUACCAGGCGGCUCCACGCGGCACCGCUCCAUCCGCCGAGGGGUGCAGGCUCUGGGAGACCCUGAGGAGCAGACAGGGGCAGAGGCGACAGGAGCACACCCGCCUAAAGUGGUCGUUAUACACGACGCAGUGCGGCCCUUUGUGGAGGAGGACUUUCUGUACAAGAUAGCAAUGGCUGCCAAGGAACAAGGGGCGGCAGGUGCGAUCCGGCCACUCGUCUCCACGGUGAUAGCCACUACCUCAGAGGGAUACCUGGACCACAGCCUGGAGCGGGCCAAGUACAGAGCCAGCGAGAUGCCACAGGGGUUCACCUAUGACGUCAUCUGCCAAGCCUAUCAGAAGUGCACAGAUUAUGACUUGGACUAUGGGACAGAGUGCCUCCAUCUUGCUCUGCAGUACUGUGGCACCAAUGCCAGACUGAUCGAAGGCCCGCCCACUCUGUGGAAGGUCACCUAUAAAAGAGACUUGGCUGCUGCAGAGUCCAUUAUAAAAGAGUCCCUGUCCCUGUCCUCCUGUGUCCUCACUAGUGGCUGCUCAGUUGCUCUGUCUCUGGCCUAUUCUGUUCAGAAGGCCUUUGGGACGCUACACAUGAACCUGGACAUCAUUCCUGACGUCCUGGGAGACAACGCCACCUACCUGCUCAAAACGUGGAACUUCAUACAAAUAUCUGUGAGCGGCCGUCCAUCAGAAGUGAAGACCUUACUCGCGGCUUUGGAAGCAGCAGAUCGAGCUCUACUCAGCCCCGUGGUGGUCAUCUGGGUGCAUUUGAGCGGUGUGGAUGUGCCUUCCAUCAGAGAAACUGCGACAGAGCCAGAAGCAAUCAGGGACCUGGCCUCAGACGCCAAACUGAAAAACAUCCUCCUGUACGGCAUCCACCUACAGCACUCCAAGGAUCCAGAGAGCUGGGAGAGGUCAGUGUCAGGGCUCACUGAAAUCACAUCAGCUCUGAUCCAAGACCGGACCCCCGCCUUGGUGGGACAGCUCCUGCAGGCCUGAGGAACCAUUGAAAUCCUCUACCCAGGAGAGGACCACAGCCCCAAUAAACCACAGACACUGGACUAGGAGAGGACCCCAGCCCAAACUACAGCCUCCUGCACAAGAAGAGAACCCCAGCCCAAAUUAUAGCCCCUGGGCCUUGUCUGAUCAGCCUGUCCCUUCUACAUUCUGUUUGAAUCCAGAAAGAGUCUGGAAUCAGACGGGGGGUGACAGACCUCCAUCUUAACUUGGCAUGUUCCAAACAAUAUGAUCAACAACAUUAUCCCUUUUUUAUUCAUAAGCCGGCGUGUUUGUUUUGACACCAACAGAGCAUGCGUCUCUCUGAUUGGUUAACCCACCUGUCAAUCACGCCCUCUGAAAUCAGGGAGACAGAAUACGGUUCCAGACCCUCUUUGUAAAGUUUUGCCAAAGUGCAGUUCUGGCUGUUCAGGUAACCCUGGACCAGGAGAGAACCCCAGAUCUGAGGAUCCACAGUCCUCUGCUAGGACUGCUCCUGCAGUCCUAUAACAGACGUUCCCAAACUUUUGAGGCAGAAGACUCCCAAAAUAACUAUGCAUCAUCUUGCUCCCAGCUCUUGCCUCUCGACCCCCCGGGGGUCCCGCCUUCUACUUUGGGAACAGCUGUCCUAAAUCCAUUAUGUCCAAUGCCUGCAGCUCAUGCAGAUGUAUCAGCUCCAUGUAAUCCAGGAACCUGAAGCUCUGUAGAGUGUUUAUGCACAGUCUGAUGUAUUUCUGUUUAUUACACCACUGUGGCAUUUGUCAUGUAAUCUCAUGUUAUUAAAAGUUGUGCAGCUAAUUAGCAUUUAUUAUAUGCUUUAAUACUCCCCAAUUUUCCUCUGGGUCAUACUGGAAAGAAUAAUUGCUUUUACAAAAAACCCCAAAACAAUCUAUGUAUCGUAUGUAUGAAAUAACACAACAACUUACUAUAUACAAUAUAUAAAUGGGAGAUUGAAUUAUGUAACAUGACUAUAUUUAUCUUGUGUCUAAAUAAACUCUGGUAUUUUCUU